CUUAGUAUUUUUCAGACAAAAACUCUCCAACCCUAGCUAAUAACGACUCCCACUUUUGACUUCGCGCAGUUCCUUCACCUUGGCCGACCUCGUUCUCCCCGACCUCGUUCUACGACCUGAGCUCGUUCUCCGACCCGACCUCGUCCUUCAACGACCCGAGCCACCUUCAGCUCCUUCACCGACCCAGGACCGCCUCGAUCGACCACGACCACGACCACGAACUCCUUCAGCGAGCUCCUUCAAUGACCUGACCACGAACUCAUUCUCCCACCUGAGCUCGUCAUUGUCCGACCUGAGCCGGCUCGAGGUAGUUCUCCGAUCGCCACCAUCGUAGUGGGGAGUUUGAAGGCUAGGACCUAUUAAUUUGGAAUCAAAGAAGUAAAAUCAAAAUGUCGUGAAACAGGAACUGUGUUGUUUGGUGGUGUUGUUCCGCGCCAUACCGUAAAUUGUAUUCACUCGGAGAAACUGUUUGGUUGUUGAAGCAAUCUUUUAUUUGGUGAUUUUAUAGUAGGUAGAGUUGUGAGAAUGUAUGUUGGGGUAACCUGGCCUUAAAGAGAUACAGAGCUGAGCUAAAUACUUUGGGAAAGGCAGAACAUGCCACUGAUCAUUGCCUUCUGCUAACUGUACUGAGUUUGCCAGGCAUAUGAUAAAAGGGAAAAGUAAAGAAGCUUUCAUUGCAUAGAUAUCAAGUACGUCAACAAGGUCAUAUAAAUAGCAAGGAGAGGUAAUUGCAACAGCAGUAGAACAAGUUCACCUCUUCCUCCUCGGAAACCAUAGGAUUAAUUGGACAGUGAGGCAUUGAGGCAGAUUAUAGUUACUAGUUUUGGGAAGGGCUAUUCCUUGUUGACGUUUCCAUAGUCAGGUAGCAAUGGGUUCCAAGAAGGGAAGUCGCAUAUCUCCAAGAGGCAAAAAAUCAAAGAAAAAGAAAGAUGAGGAGACUUCUCAACCUGAGACUGAUGAAGUGCUUGAAGAAAAAGACGAUUCUGUAUCAUCCAACACUGUCACGAGCACUGAAUCAGCUGCUGCUAGAGGGAAGCAAAAUGUGGUUGCCAUGUACAAGGUCUUGGUCAAGAAAGCUUUGGGAAAAAAGUUUAAAGUGACAUACACCGACACGGGCAAUCCAAAUGGAUCAAUAAGACACACUCUACAGUCUUAUAUAGGAAUGUUAGCGCGGACUAAGGUGCCCAUCAACAUUGUAAGCUGGCCCGACGUGGACGGUGACUUGAAGGAUAAACUUUGGCUCGAUGGUAAGGAUACAUUCAAGGUCGCCCCUGAAAGUAAGAAACUGGUAUUGACAUCUGCUGGCACUAAAUGGAGAGCAUUCAAGACCAUGUUAACAAGAAAAUAUGUGCUCCCAUACUUGGGAAAGAAGAAGAAGUUGAGAAAGCCACCAAGUCAAUAUGCAUUUGUUGGGAGGCAGCCAUGGAGGCAAUUUGUGAAAGAGAGGACUACCGAGAAAUGGCUGGAACUACAUAAUAAACAAAGUGAAAGAGUUCGGAAGAGAAAAUAUCAUCAUCGAUUAUCAAGAAAAGGAUAUAUUGGACUAGAAGAGGAGCUGAAAAAGACUUUGCCUGAAGGAGAGGUAAUAGAUCGUGCAAUUAUGUGGAAGAAAGCCCGUCAACGUAAAGAUGGGGACAUAGAUGAAGAGGCUAGAGCUGUGGUGACAAAGAUAGAUGAUUUGUUGGAGAAGAAAAGUAAGGGUGAGCUUGAGAUUUCAGGGAGUAGUGAUGUUCUUUCUCAAGCAUUAGAAACUCCUGAACACUCGGGUAAGGUGAGGGGUGUUGGAGGCUUCAUCAAUCCCUCCACAUACUUUAAACUUCCGAAGCUGAAAAGGAUAAGAAUUACCAAGGCAGACUUACUAGCACGUGAUAGAGAGCAUGAUAGAGAGUUGGAGGAGACAAAGAAAAUGCUCACUGCACAGCAAGCAAAGGCAGAAGAGCUCUUAAAUAAAAGGAUUGCUGCAUUAGAAGCAAUGAUAACAGGGAAGACACCCAACACUCCACCUUUGAAUGUCCAUGUUGUGGGAGAGUGUAGAAUUUCCCCUAUAUCGGAUAAAGGAAGUAUCCAUGAUAGAACACUAAAUACCUCAAAUAAUCUUGAUGAAGCCAAGGUAAAAGAAGAGGUUCAGGACUGCGAGGUUGUUCCUCCCCCUACUGAAAUGGGUGGCACAUGUGAGUUAGCAGUGGAUACCAUCAGCAACAUAGUUGCUUUUGGUACCGUAUUUGAGGAUGAGGAUGUUAAUAGGAUGAUACAUGGAGUUCCGUUGAAGGAGGGGUGUGUUAGGGUGUCAGUGGAUGGGGCCAUUCAAGCUGAAGCACGACUUCCUUUCCCCGUGGAGGGUGAGAUGGGAUUGGUUGGCCAAGCUGUUGGAAGUCAUGUGGCUUGGCCUGAGGAGCUUGUUAUUCGAAGAGUGAAUAAGAAAAAGAAAAGGAAGAUGGAUUUUGUCAAACAAUUGUUUGAUCAAGCUGAGCUAAACUCAUUUGUACCGAAGCGCUGCAAAUUAUUGUAUAAACAUGCCAAAACUAUUAUGAGCCAAACUAGUGAGUCGAUAAGCACGGUGUUGGACGAUAAAGUCUUCGGGUUACACAAAGAGCUCUUCAUAUUGACUGAGAAUGUCACUGAUCUUUUAGAAAUGAAGAAGAUUGGCCAAGGAGUGAUAGCAGCAUACAUGGCGCACCUACAUGAAACUCUUACUGAGAGAGAUGAGUUGGACACCUUUGCAUUCAUUGAUCCGGCAGCCACAUAUAACUGUGAGAGAUCGGGAUUUGCUCCUUACUUAGUGGAUCGGUUGAAAGAGGGAAAGGCUGAUCGUAUAUUCUUUAUGCCCUACAAUCCGGGGGAACAUUGGAUUUUGACAAUCAUUUGGGAGGAUGAAGUCUACAUCUUGGACCCUUUGCCAAAACCGGUCCAUUACACGGCAUGGGAAACUGCAGUGAUGAAUGCGGUUAAAAGUUACAAUGCUGAAAAGGGGAGGGCUAACAAAGUGCCUAAAUUAAGACUACUUCCGGGCGUACCUAAACAACCGGGCGGAAUUGAGUGUGGCUACUAUGUUAUGCGGUACAUGAAGGAUAUUAUUAAUGAUGACACACUUUCCUUUUCGACUAAGUGGGCGGUAAAGACUCGGAAAGGAUAUACCCAACAACAACUUGACGAGGUGCGAAUGGAGGUGGCCGACUACUUGCAGACCUUGUUGUAGAUUCUGACUAGGAUGGGGAUUUUGAGUAAGGCUAGAUAGCUUUUGGUUCACUUUGACUACUUACAGACCUUGUUGUAGAUUCUGACUAGGAUGAGGAUUUUGAGUAAGGCUGCUAGAUAGCUUUUGGUUCACUUUUUUUGUAGUAGAUGAAGUGAAUGCAGCAAUUAUGAACAAAAAUGCUAUAUAUAGGCAUUGUUAGGCUAGCCUUGUAGUAGGUUAAUUGGGGUUUUGUUUUGCCUAUUUUGUGAACUGUCAAUGAUGAUGAUGUUGGACAAAAUACCCCAAUAUUGAAAUCACUUUUGUCAACUAUGGAUAUUGCAAUAUUGUAUA